AUGGCUGCGCAGGGGCCCCCGUGGGGCCCUGGGGGGGCCCUCUGGGGGGCCCCUGGGUGUUGCAGCGCGUUGCUCCAGAAACUCUCUAACACAAGUAGCAGCAACCGCAGCAGCAGCACCAGCUCCUCCCUCCAAGUUCCACAAGUUCCCACCGGGCAGGGCUGCCGCGAGCUGGGGGCUCCCACCGCUGCUCCGGGGGGCAGCACUGCAGUGUCUUCGAAAUUCUCAGGCAGGAACAAGCUACAACAACAGCAGCAGUGGAAACAGCAACAGCAACGGCAGCAACAACAGCAAUGGCUGCAGCAGCAAGAACAAAGGAUCUCAGAUGCGCAUCUCCAGAAGGGGGGCUCGUGGGGCCCUGGACAAUCUGUACAUCCAGCAACAGCAACAGGUGCAGCAGGAACAACUGGUACAGUAGUAGCAACAGGUGCAGCAGCAUUAUCAUGCCCAGCUCAGCCAUAUGCGCGUUUUUUGCAGCUGUUUGGCGUGAAUCCUGUAGCUGUCAGCUCCCUUGAGGCUGCUAUUGGGACAGACGAAGAACAGCUGGUGCUGCUCGAGCUGCUGUUGCUGCUGCCUCAUGCAAUGUCUGGGCCCCCUGUAAACCCUGCAGGGGUAUCAACUCUUCUACAUCACAAUUUCGACAAUCCUGCACCCGCCGCAGCAGGAGUAGGAGCUGCAGCAGCUGCAGAAGCAGGGGCAAGUGAAAUGCCCUUGCCUCUCAGGAAAGUCUUGUUGCUGCUGCUUGCUGCCUUUCAUCCUCACCGGCAGCACCAGCAGGGCGGGAGUUUUCUGGUGCAGCAGCAGCAGCUCAACCGAGCACCGGCAGUGGCUGCUGCUAUCAAGACAGCAGCAGAAGGUCUCAAAGAAGUGCCUCUGCCUCAGCCUAUUUGCCCCGCGGUCUCGAAUUUGCUGCUGGUGCUGGUGCUUUUGCUGCUGUCCUGCCUUGUUCUGCUGCUCGCACAGAUCGUAUCUCCGCAGGUUGCUGCUGCCUUUCCAUUGCUGGAGCUACAGGCGCACGCUGCCCAGCGGGCUUGCUUGCAGCUGCAGCAACACCUGCAACAGGGGAACCAUAAGGCCAGCAUGCAGCAGCAGGAGCAGGGCGCCCUGGCAGUGGGUCCAUCACUCAUGAGGACUGUAGAAUGUCUGAUCAGGCCUCGCUUUCAUUCGCUGCUGCCGGCGACUGCCUGCAUCGCUGAACUGGGUCUCUGCAGCAGCUUGAAGAACUGUCUUGGGGGAGACUCUUUUCAGCGUCUCCAGCUGCGGCGUCUCUGUUGCUUUUUCGGCGAAGUGUUCGAUUCUGCUAAUCCUGGCCUCUCUGUGCUGCUGAUGCAAAAGGCUCUCCAGGCCAUCCAGCUACAGGCGGAGAUAUUGGCAACCCCUGAGGCACUGUUACUGUUGGGGGGUAUUCGCAAGCUCCAGACGCAGCUCCCCCCUGCUUUCCAGGCAUCUCAGCCUGUUGACUUCCAUCUGCUGCAGCUGCAGCUCUGGCCGUCUCUGUCUGGUUCAUUAAGUUGUCUCCCUGUGGAGGCGUUGCUGCAGGUGGCUGAGGUAUAUCUUCACUCUGCUCUACUCUGCGCUGUCUCGGAGGCUGCUCUGGCGCCCCUGCAAACGCAAUCGUACAGACAUCUGGUGCCCCAGUGCCGCCGCCUUGAACCUUACGUAGCCGCUCUGAGCCUUCGCUCUCCCCUUCAGCAAGAGUUGCUGGGGGCACUCCUACGUCGCCUGGACUCUUUCGAGCUGCACCAUGCUGCAAAUCUGUGUAGCGCCUUGCUCCCCUUCACGGAACUGUGGGGAGAUUUGCAUCCGUUAGAGCGCCAGGCAGGCGUCGUCACUCCGUCGGGUCCUCCCGCAUCAACAAGAGCAGCUGCUGCAGCACCCGGAGAGGCAGGAUAUGAAGCAGCCGCAGAAUCGAGCGGUAGCAUGCGCCUGCCGCCCCUUCAAGUGAUGGGGGUGUCUCACGCGGUCCUCACGGAGCCGGCGGAGGCAACUUCCUGUCUUUGUAGGGCGGAGAAGAGCAGGGGUGCAGCUUCAGUACUGUCUAACUUCGUUCUACGUUUCUUAAGUGCAUACUUUGGGAGCGCCACGCAGCAGCGUGAGGGGGGGCAGCAACUCCAUGCAUACCCAAACGGUGGGGAGACCCUCUCAGCAGAGCGGCCUACAGAGGAGGACAGAAGGGCACUAGCAGCACACUUAGGCCCUGAGCCUUUGCUUGCAGGAAAGCUGAUGUUGCAGACGCUUUCGACGGAGGCCUUCACAGCCAUAGCGAGAAUUGCAACGGCCUAUGGAUAUCGCAACUACCCCCUGGAACGGCUAUUGCUGCAGGCGGCAGCUGAGAGACUGCAGCGCCCCUUGUCCCCUGUUGCUGUAUCCGCGCUGCUGCUGCUCCCGACGCCAGCGGCGCCCCCCCCUUCGUUGGUUCGGGGCCUCGAGAUUCAACUGCGACGACUCUGCGAGGAUUGCACCGACCUGGAGCAGCUCCUGGAGGUCGGUGUUUCUCUCCAGCGGGGCUGGGGCUCCACGUUACUCGGCGCUUUCCAGCUGCGGCAUCACGUACUGCGUAUUGCAGCUGGCUGCCGUCCCCAGUUCUUGGGAGAGACAGAGGAGGAGGAGGAUCUGGGGCCGCAAAGAGACUGUGUACUGAAGCUCGAGCACGUUCCUAAGCUGCUUAGUCUGUUUGGCGUUCACUCGGAGGAGACAGCAGCAAAUGGAUCAUGCAGCAACCCUUCACACCCAGCAGGAGGCAACCGCCUGUCUCCUAUUUCUCCUUCCGCUUCGGGCCUGGUUUCUGCUGUGCGCGGGUUUCCUGCUGCUGCGUUUGUCUCCCCCCCGGAGUCUCUCUCACUGGCCCUGCGGGUGCUGCUGCCAGCCCUGUACUCCAGGCGUUUGACACCGCAAGAUCUCAGAGCCUUGCUGACCCCCUUAGUAGACAUCCCUAACCUAAAGGAGAUGGUUUUGCAUGCGAAGGAGACAGCCCCUCAGUCUCGUCUCGCACUCCUCCCCGAUGCUGUGGCGCAUGUCAUUCUGGAGGCUCCUGCCACCGCGCGAGACGGGCUGCAGCAUCUCAGCCCUCUGUUGCGGCUUGUCACGGCCCUCUGCCUGGAACCUGCUGUCUACAUACCACCGCUUCUCACUGCCCUGCAACAGUUCGCUGUUCAAUCUCUGCGCUUCGAGGACGCUGCGAGUCUCUUCUCGGCACUGCUGGAAUGUCAAGGCUGUACAGGCCAGGAGGCGUCUCUCCAGCGUUUGAUAUCAUGGGGGCUAGGCGUCACGUCUCCACAGCUCACUGCCCUCAGCAGCAGCCUGCUGCAGCAGUGGCAGCAGCAGAAGUAUCAGGGGCAUUUUGCUCGUGGGGACAACGCAGACACUCAGCAGCAACCACCAAGCAUUGAGGGAGGACUUGAUGAUGAAACGGAGGUCGCAAUACUUCAUUGCCUCCUAACGGGCGAGUGUUUCUCCGACACAGUGUUUCCCUGUUUGUGUCUCUGUUUGUUGUCGCUGUUGGCUGAUGAGCUUGUACAGCAUCCGCGGAGGCUACUCUGCGUCCUGGCUUCUCGUGUGCGGGGAACGCUGCCGCCGCUGUCUCCCUCUGUAUACUGUGCGUUGUAUGAAGCCUUUCAAUCCCUUCACCUGCUGGGAGGCGCCUCUUCUGGCAUCGAUAUACAACAGUACGAGGACCUGGCGGCCUUUUGCGAGCAAGAUACCCCAAAAGCCUUCUGGCACCAGCAGCAGCGGCUGUUGCUGACAUCGUUCGUCUCCAGUGCCCUCUACGUGCAGCUUAAGGAGGCCCUAGAAGCAGCAGAACUUCCAGGACUGCAGCCACUGCUUACUACCUGUGGCUUCUGUCAUUUUGCCGCUGCAGCGAAACCAGUUACGAAUCUGAAAGGCCCACCGGUUGCGGGUUUGGCGUUCGUGUGCGUCCCGGAGGAGGAUACGGUUGCGGCAUCUUCUCAGGGGCACCCCCUGCUGCUGCAGCAACAGCACCUGCAGCAGUGCAGCGGUCGCAGCCGCCUGCUGCUACGUCUGCUGCAGAAGACCAACUGGGCAGCCGUUCCCAUAUUCUUACACCAGUGGAUCCGACUGCCUUCCGUGGAGCUGAGGGCCGCUCACCUUAAGGCCCUCACCACAGGCGAGGCUGCUUAG